AUGUCAGCCGAGUCCGCGCCAGCCUCAUCCGAUGCCCAGGACGCCUCGUCUCACUCCACCGCUCCGGCACGCAAGCACCAUUCCAACCUGGAGGACCUGGAGAAUGAGCACAAUCCCCGCUUCCCUUUCAUCCUCUCAUACACCGAGGUCAAGCUGCUUGGCAUCGCUGGCGUCGGAUUCUUCUUGGAUGCUUACGAUCUAUUUAUUAUCAACCCUGUCGCCACAAUGCUACAAUAUCGUCUCUAUGGCGGUCACUCACUCCCACCCGGUCUUGAAGGCUUCAUCAAGGCAGGGGCAAACAUCGGCAGUGUCAUCGGUCAAUUCGCGUUUGGCUACUCUGCAGAUUACUUCGGUCGGAAGGCUGUUUACGGCAAAGAACUCAUGUUAAUCAUCUUCGCCACCAUCGGCAUCAUCUGCGAUCCGACUGGCGCAAUAUCUGCCAACGGUGCGCUCAUCUGGCUCGGCGUGUGGCGAAUUAUUCUCGGAAUUGGCGUCGGGGGCGACUACCCCAUGUCUGCCUCGGUCGCGACCGACCGCGCAAAUGUAAAACGCCGCGGCACCCUGCUCGCCUACAUCUUCGCCAACCAGGGAUGGGGCUCGUUCGUGGGCAGCCUCGCCUUCAUCAUCAUCCUCCUCUGUUACAAGCCCACCAUGGAUGCCGGGGCUGCCCGCGCAUGGCGCAUCCUCGUCGGACUUUCGCUCAUCCCCGCCUUCGGCACGCUUUACCAGCGUCUGACGCUGCCCGAAUCCACUCGACCUCGAGAAGAAGAACGCAGUGACGACCGAAAAGCCUGCCGAUUCACCGACGUCCGAGACGACCCAACCUGCGACGGUGGCCACCGCGAAGAAGCACCACCUCAAGAGUUCUUCGCCUACUUCUCAGAAUGGCGCCAUCUGAAAAUCCUCAUUGGCACUUGCACCUGCUGGUUCCUCCUGGAUAUUGCGUUCUACGGCAUCAACCUCAACCAGAACGUGGUACUCCAGCAGAUCGGUUUCGACGGCUCCAGCGGGACCCCUUGGGAACGUCUCUUCAAGAUCGGUGUGGGCAGCCUCAUCAUAACCGCGCUCGGUUUCGUGCCCGGCUACUACGUCUCCGUGCUCACCAUCGAGUACCUCGGCCGCAAGUGGAUCCAAAUCCAAGGUUUCCUCCUCGCCGCGCUCUUCUUGGGUAUCCUCGCUGGCCAGUUCCAUGAACUGAGCACCCCUGCCUUUAUCGUCUGCUUCGCCUUCCUCCAGUUCUUCUUCAACUUCGGUGCCAACACGACGACAUACUGCUACCCCGCGGAAGUCUUCCCGACCAAGUUCCGCGCGUCCGCGCACGGCAUGUCCGCCGCGUGCGGCAAGGCCGGCGCGAUCCUCUCCGCGCUCGCCUUCAACUCGCUCUCCAAGCAGAUCGGCACCCCCGCCGUGCUCUGGAUUUUCUUCGGCUGCUGCAUCGCCGGCGCGGGCUUCACGCUCCUCCUGCCCGAGGUCCGCGGGCGCGACCCUGACCUGGUGUAUGAGGAGGAGCUCCGCGAGCGCCGCGCGCUGCGUCACGACUGA